AUGUACCCCGCCGCAAAUUCGCGAGUUCUGUCAACUUUGUAUAUUCUGUUUUCUAUCCAAUUAAUUGAUUCUUAUUCUGCUGAUGUCGCUGAUCCACCGUUUUAUAAAACGCUCAUCUACGGCGAAAAGUUGAAAGGAUUUGUGUCGAUCUCACCUGCAGAUAAUAAUGGAUCGAUGUAUUUUGUCACAUUCGAUAUCAAAGAAAAACCACCGGGUAGUUUGGUGUGGUCUGUACAUAUGUCUUCGGCUCCAUAUGACAUGGCUGUGAUGACAGAUAACUGUCGGCGAGUGAAGAAAAGUCCGCCAGUUGUGAAAAACAAACCGCUAAGCGAUUCCACGAUUACGGCAGAUGGCCUUGCUGGAAACACGUUGGUCAUUUCCGGUGAUAAUAGCGAGGUACUCGCGUGUGCUACUGUGAUACUUCCUGGAACCGAUUUGCGACACGCCGUCUUCCACGCGGAACCAAUAGAAGGCCACGUUCACAUCAUAACACUCAAAAACAAUUUGAUUCGUCUCGUUCCUGAUUUAAAAUAUAUGCAAAAAUAUGCGAAUGUGGAGCCGGUUAAAGCAAUUUUGACGUGGGCAUUCGUUGAUGAAUGCAAUCAAAAUGCAACACAACAUACGGAUUAUAGCGAAAUUGGUGUCGAUUCAAGAGCGACAUUUGUUUAUGAAAUUCCCCAGAAUAUUUCUCUUCAUUAUUUGGCAAUUUUUCAAAGCGACCAAUUAUAUAGUUGCGCACUCAUUCAAACGGUUGAACCAAGAACAGUGAAAGCUCUAGGUGUCACAUUGUCUCAGGAACAUUACUUCGACGCAGUUCGCGCGUUGGAAUAUUCGCCGAAUCAAUUAAACAUUAGAGAUGAUUGCCUUGAUAUUUCAACGGAAACUAUUCACAACGAAUUCCAUUCAUAUUACCCGUCUGUAAACAUUUUUGGGUCAGAAUCCAUUUUACUCAAGUCGCUUGUUCAUAAAAACCGGUGUAGCGUUUUGAGGCCAAGAUUUUCGCGCCCAGUGGCUAUUGCGAACUUCAUACACCCCAUGAUUGGAAGAAUCUCAUUAGUCGAUACCGAUGAUAAAGUUCUAUUAACUGGCGAAAUUAGGAAUUUGUUUGAUGAAAUAUCGACAAGAGCGACGAUAGUAGUUUCGAACAAGACAACAUCAGGAUAUAAAUGCGCUCAUAUGAUUUGCGAAGAUUGCCCAAGAGUCGAAAAUGCAGCAGUUAUUGUCGGAAAGAAUGAACCAGCAGUAUCAAUGACCGGUGUAUUUGAUUGGUUUAAUAUAUCAGAUGCAAAGUCUAUAAUAGUGGAUCUCGAUUGGAUGAAGGUGUGCGCGAAUGCAACUAAAUUGCCAACAGGGGCACUUACAAUGCAUGCCUUAAUCAAACGUUUUUCGCCAUUUCAUUCUCCUACCGUUGCUUCAAUUGUUGCUUUGGAAUACCCCGCAAACAAUUAUACAGAGAUCAUUAUAAACAAGAAACAAAUAUUCUCGGAAGCCAACGCCCAUUACCGCCCUAUCGAUAGGACUAUUACGACGGGACCUCCAUGUGGAGAAAAAAACCUUGGUGCUAUCACCAAUGUUAGCUGGAUCGACGAUAUUAAAAUAAAUCUUGGAAAAGAGUUCAAUGAUUCAAGUUUGAUAUUAGAUGAGAAUUUUGUUACUGGCAGUACUAGUAUGAUUGGAACUUCAGUUAUAUUAAAAGAUGGAAAACAAGUUUACUGCGGACAUUUUGAACCGUUAAGUGAAAGGACCAUAGUAUUCGCUGAAUUCAAUGAGCCGUUACAAGGAUACAUAAAACUGACCCAAUACGCGGAAUCAAAUUGGGAGGUCGGAUAUCCAACGGAAGUAUAUUAUUCGCUGAAUUAUAAAAAUGACGUGAAUCCAAGAACAAAUCCAGAGCGCAUUUAUUGGGAAGUAGUCAAUAUGCAGAACAUGACAUGCAAAUCAUCAAUUAUAUUCAAUCCAUUUCAUGCUAAUGAAACUGAGUGUACACCUCAACGCCAUGAAUUAUGCCCAAUUGGAAGUGCCGCAAAUCGCUCCAAGCCGAUGUUGAUGCAUGCGAGAUAUCAUUUGACUGCUCAAAUGCUCCCCUUAUCGGGACCUUAUUCGGUGGUUGGAAAACAUAUGAGAAUACGUUCUGCUAAUAAUAAUAUAAUUGGAUGCUACCCAUUGGUUAAAGUCUCUGAGGCUUCAUUCCGUUGGACUGUGUUAUCUAAUUUGACCCUUGUUGGAGUUCAGAAAGCAAUUUCGAAACGUUGCAACGUGCCAAUUUACAAGGUUGAAGUCGAUUAUACUCGUGAAUUUUACAAGGGGAAGUGCACAAUAUAUUGGAUAACAAUACUAGAAGAAGAUCAUAAGCUUGAGAAGAUAUUAGACGAAUUCGACGUCGAACAGAACAGAUUCAAGAGUGAUAAUGUUAUCGACUGUGGCGAAGGAGUUCAAAACGAAGAAAGUGUCACUGAGGCUCCAGAAAUAGAAACGCAGCCACCAAAGAUUUUACAAUCGUCGUCAACUAUUUUGAGCUCAUUUGUCACAUUCAUAAUUAUCGCAAGAUUAUUCAUAUUUUGA